UAGUAAACAUGAGAUAAUUGCCGCUUUCUAUAAUAAAAGUAUAAAAUAUGGAUGGGGAUUGACAUUUCAACGAAGACAUUUUAAUAUGUAACGUUAACUAGCCAGGAUCUAAUUAGGCACAAACAGUGGUCUCAGCGUGCUGGUAUUGGCAUCCAGUUUCCAAUAGUGGGAUGUAUUGUAGUCACAUAUUUAAGUAUAGCAAUAAUUAAUUGUGUAGUUUAGCAAAUGGUAAAGCUAACAUCAUUUCUUUUAAAGAUGUUGUUGUCGUUGUGAGCUAGCGGGGCUACGCUACGUAACCUACGUCCUGUACGAUUCUUCAAUCAUCGCCACUGACAAACAACGUAACGGUAGAGAUGGCGACCAGGAUGUCAAUCGCUAACGUUACCCAGGCAAAGCGAUUUUUUUAAAACUACCCAUCGGAUGAAGAGUUCGCCCUGUUGAUUUCACAUAAACUGAAAACAGGACACUAUGGAGGAACCGUGGGAUUUUGAGUUUUUGUCCCGCAUCGCCGACAGCUGCUUGUCGUUCCUAUCCGAAUUUGUUGACGAUUGGCUCGCCAACGAUAUGAGAGUCUCCAUAUUCAAAAUCUUACUCAGCUGGUUAAUUUUUAGUCUUAUUGCAAUUCACUUUGCAUGGAAAAUUUACGGGAAUACAGUCAACGAUAUGUAUUAUCGACAAGGGACUGGACAGAACGGAGGCACACCUGAUACAGCACCUCACCUGAGUGGAUGGGAAGGCAAGGAAGGAGACGCACUGAAGACUCAUCGAGAUUAACAAGGCAAUGGUGUUGGACUUUAUCCAAGUGAGAGCUGGACUCCUAUGAUGAGACAUUGAAUGCACCCUCAAAUUGUGGUGACAUCCCGUGCAUUCAAGAUGCAUGCACCCUCUGGCAAUUGCCCUGAGAAACAUCUGCUGUACAUACCAACAGUGUCACACUGAUCUCCACUAUAUCAACUACAUAGUGCUGUGAGAUAUAUAUUUUGGCUUGUCAACAUUGGUCAUUUAGCAGAACCUUACUCUGAGUAAAUACUUAAAUUGAUCUGUUUGAUUUAUUGGUCAACUUUCAUUCAAGAGGUUUCACUACAAAUGUAUUGAUGAGUUUGUGUGUAAACUAAGGGUGCUUUAAGAACACUGUGAUGAUGGCAGACAUUAAUUUUUUCAAGAACAAUAGACAGUAUUGUUUCUCAUAAUCUGUAAGGAGUGAUUGUGUGCGCUUAAUGGGAGAUACAGAAUGCCUGAUUAGAGUAUUUACCAUCCUUU